CAACAGAAUAUUUAAAUAGCUAUAAAAACAAUUUAAAACAAAAACCUGUUGAGUGUAACCCGGGUGUCAACAACUACCGACCCCCAAAAAAUGUGGACAACAGGUCACCUGACGGUGGAGUCGGGGCCAGUGAACCAAUGGCCCAAAACCAGAAAGUUUUUAUUCCUGAUAUGUCUCAUAGCAUUCAUGUAUCAAAUAUUUCAAAUCACUCGACGCUACUAUAAAUAUGAUGUCGAGAUCCGGACCAAACAGCUGGAGCGCCGGGAUCGCCGACACCUGGACAUACCGGCCGUCACCAUAUGCACCGGUAGUGACGUGGCCUACCUUAAGAAGACUCUAUACCGAGAGUUCCCUAAAAUUAAACAAUCGUUUGUUGAGAUCGACAAACAAAACCUGACGGACGAGAAAACCUACGUCCAGAAGGAGCUCCGGUAUUACAUGACCGCCUGGUCGCUGGACUACAAGAGCUACUUCAAGCACACCAUACAGGAACGGGAUUUCAUGCGCUGUUACCUCAACCCGCCGACCAUUUACAUGAAGUCGCACGAGUGGACACUGCGGGCGGCCUACUGUCGCGCAUUCGCGCCGGUAGUCGAGACUCGGGUCACGCCGUACGGCAAGUGCUUCACGUAUUUCUCGAGACAGGACUCGGAGUUUAAGGACAGGACAGACAUGCAGAUAGACGUGAACGACAUAGACUCCCGGAGCUCUGUCGUGAGUCUAGUGGUGUCGAUGGAUAAGUUCGCGGACGCCAUAUAUGGAGGGGAUGUGGAGCUCAACGAUGUGGUCGAGUCCACGGGUGAUGGGGAUGUCAACCAAAACGCCUAUAUGUUUAUACAUGAGGGCACCCGUACCCCCAGUUUUGACUUGAAUGAUGCUAUAGUGUUAACAGCGGGCAAGUACUAUGACGUACGCUUUUGGAGCACCAGUAGGCAGAAACUGAAGCCUCCGUUUCCGCACAACUGCUACGACUAUCACAAGGAUAUGAUGUCCAAAGAGUCGGCGAAGUCGAGGGAACAGUGCGUACGGAACUGUUACGUACGUAAGUCGUCGGCGGCGUCCCAGUGUCUGGUGGCCAGGAAUCCGCUCGUCAACGACCAUACUGUCCGCUCUUACGAUCUCAGACAAUGCUAUAACCCGAUGAACUACUUCUCGCACAAGAGUCUGCAGAUAACUAUCAAGAAUGGUAUGGAUUACAAGACUAGUCAACGGAUUUCCAGUGAAUGUCAGAAGUCGUGCCGUGAGGACUGUCACCAAACGGACUAUCACUACGAUUACCGUAAAUCCGAUCAUCACCUUACAGGAAUUCAUAAUCCGAAUUCAGACUUUACUCUACGGAACUUCAGUUGGAUUCGUUUGCGCCAUCGAAGGGAUCACGACUAUCAGCAACGGUACCGUCCGGUGCACACCAUGUGUGAGACCAUACGGGAUAUAUUUAUCACCAUGCUCAUUUGGUUUGGAUUAUCUAUAUUCUCGUUCUCGUCAGUAUUGGAAAUGAUAUUCAGUAGAGCCCGGCCUCAGAUCUAUGCCAUACCUUAUUUCAACGAUAAGGUUGAGCCUAAUAUCAUACAAGUGAUGCCACCCCCGGCUAAUGCUAACCUCUCUAACCCGGCUACCCUUGGAGUGAACAACGCCUGUAUGUCAGUGACUAGUGGGACGGGAUUGAUAACACCGGCACCGGUAGUGAAACCCAAGUUCACGGCUACUAAUAUGGGUUCAAAUGUAAAGCUCGAUCACUACAAUGCGUUCAUAUCUAAAGUAUAUGAGGGCUGUCCGGAUGCACCGGUAGUUGAGCUGCCGUUGAAAAAGUCAUAAAGUAUCUAUUAAUUUGUUUUUGUUUUUUUUGAAUAAUUGUUUUGCAGCAUAAAAUCAAUAUAAAUAUAUAAUACUUAAUAUGAAUUAAAAAUACAGUACAAUACAAAACAAUACUCAACAUUACUAUAAUAGUCUUUAAAUGUAAUAAUUGGGAACAUAUGACACUAUUUUUUGUAAACAGGGUUUCAAUUAUAACAUCGAUAUUGUGAAUGCUAACAGUUAAUCAAUAAUACCUAUAAUUACAAGUUAUAAUUGCUACUAUAGAAAGACUUUUAUUAUUAUACGGACAAAUAAUAAAUUGAUUUUUAUAUUUAUAGCCCAUAUAUAGCGCACAA